AUUACCUUAAAUUAAUCUAAGUUUGUCAUUAAUGACAUCUGCGAUCGUAUCGAUAAAGAUUUUAAAACGGUAGUUACGGAUGUUGAUUUUGUGUGGAAACCGUAUCAAGCACGCAUAAAUUACAAAAAAAAUGUUCUAAAAUUCGCUAAAUAUGGAUGAAGCGAAACACGAAACAAUAGAUCUUUCGAGGCGUGGGCUGAAGAAAUUAGAGAAAGCGACUGCAGAAGACUCAAAGACGACUAUAAAUUUAAUUCUCGAUCAGAACGAACUCCAGAAGCUGGAUAAUAUUGAUACGUUCAAUCGAGUGGAAAACCUAUCAAUAUGCAACAACUUCCUUUUACGCAUGCACGGCGUGUCGCGUCUAACAAACAUCAGAGUUUUAGCUCUAAAUAACAACAGUAUACUUCAAAUAGAAGGUCUCAAGGAUUUGAUAUACUUAAAAGAAUUAAAAUUAGCAGGUAACAGCAUAAAAUCGAUAGAGCAUUUGAAUAACAACAUGCAUUUGGAACAUUUGGAUCUAUCAAACAAUCAGAUCUCGUUCAUAGCCGAUAUCUCUUAUUUGAAGAAUUUAAAGUAUCUAAGCUUAGAAAGGAAUCGUAUAAUAGAUUUGCGUCAGUGCGAUCGCUACCUACCCUCGAAUCUAGUGCAUUUCGGCGUCGCCCACAACAACAUACAGGACCUCAACGAAAUAUGUCAUCUGGUGCACUUGAGUAACUUAGAAAGCUUCACAAUACAAGGGAACCCCUGCGUCUCCAUGGCGGGGAAAGAUAAACUAGGUUUUGAUUAUCGACCCUUCAUUCUUAAUUGGAUCAUGAGCGUCAAAUCUAUAGAUGGAUUUGUCGUCAGCGCAAUUGAGAGUUUAAAAGCGGAGUGGCUGUACAGUCAGGGCAAGGGUCGACAUUACCACGCCGGGCAGCAUCAGGAGCUGUGCGAGUAUUUGGCUUCCACGUGUCCCCUCACCGCAGACGCGCUGGAGUCGGAAGACCAAAGGAAACUGCGACUUAUUCUAAGCAAGGCACAGCACCACCAGCAGCAGCUCAAGGAUCAAAACCACGGGUCGCCGAGGCCGAAGCUCCAAUCGCCGAGGAUGCAAUCUCGCAUAACGUCGAGGUACGUGGGCCGUUCGCCGGACCGCCUGAGCUCGAGCUAUCACGCGGCUUUAUCUAGGAACGGGUCCCCUUCGAACAUGAGCUCGUCUUACACUGGCGAUCUGCCAGGCCUCUCCUCCAUGAGCCAGAGCUUCGACUCCACUGGUCUUAUGUAUGCGCUCGAGAAGAACGGACCAGUCAAAGAGAAGACGUUAGAACAACCCCCAACACCGAAGCCGGUUAACCAGUCACUGGAGGCUGCAUCCAAAAUGGUUCCCGUACCGGAAUCCCUCAUGAGUCCAGACUACCAGGACCCCAUCUACGACAUACAAAAGACGAUACCCAAACAGCACAACUCUGCGAACAGCGCCUCCUCGCACUCCAGCAACAGCAGCGCACAGGAGGACCGGCCCAAGCUGACAAGGAACACGAGAGGCUCGCCGAAAUUAACCAAAAGCGCCACUUCCUCGCCGAAGUUAAGGUCCAAAGUCGAACGAAAGGGCAGCUUGACCAAGCUGGACGUGAAGAACUCUGACAAAAUGAACGGAGUGAACAGUGACGUCAUAGAGCAAGACAAACUGGAGAUUAUCAAGUUGGCUUCAAAUCAGCGGAGACAGAAGAAGAUGAGCGUGGAGUCGAUGGCUGCGGUCACCAUACAGAAGAUGUGGCGAGGAUACCGGAGCAGGAACCUUAACAAGGACACUCUCAGGAUCCUUCAUGCGAUCCAAGCGGCGAGGGCCAGGCAACACAUACAAAGACUAACCUGCGACAUGGAGGCCACAAAAGCGGCCCUAGAAAGCGAAAGGAAAAUACAGCAGCUACAGAUGCAAGCUAUUAACGCCCUCUGGAAGAAGGUCUCCACUUUACAAGCUUUAGAUGGCAAACACAAGAACAUGUCAGAUUGCGAUGAGAACACGGAUGUACUGCGGCAGUUGUCAGAGAGAUGUAUCAACCUACAGGAACAGGUGGUGGAGUUGCAGAGUUGCAUGCGCGAGGUGCUGCGCGCCGUGACCCCCGCGUCCCGCGCCGCGGCCCCCGCCCCGCCCCCCGCCGCGCCCGUCGCCACGCAGACUGACGUCACUGCCGUCCUCACGCCGCAGGACGAGCGCAGCGCGUGGCUGCGUCGGCCGCAGUCAUUGUCACUGUCAGCACCGCCGCACCAGCCUGACAAAGACGAAUCAUCGAGCGUAGAGAUUGAGCGGACGGCGCGCGCCCAGGAGGUCGGCUCGGAGCGCUCGCGAGACGACACUCGCGGUGACGUCAUCGUCGAAUGAUGACGUCACUCGCAUGCGACGAUGCGUGGCACCUGUAAACAGCGCACGACGCGACGCGCGUGAGCCCCGAACCGAUUGAUUUUUAGUUUUUAAUUAACAACUGCAUUUAAUUAGUCAUUUUGGGAACCGACUUCGGUGUGCUUAGUGCGAGUUUUUUAACGUUCUCGAUAGCGUAAAAGUUAGCUCACAUUUGUAUGGAAUGGGAUCGUUUGCCUACGUUUGCCGCUAGGGGCGCUGUGAAAACUGCAUACAAAAUUAGGUUAACUUUUACGCUAUCGAAAACGUUAAAAAACUCGCAAUAAAUAUUUAAAUAAAUAUAUAAUAAAUAUUUAUUUAAAAACACUGUUGACGUUAAGAACAUGAACUACAUAAUUAAUUAACAGCAAGGAUUUUGCGUUAAAGAACUGGUUUUCCUAAUCGCAUCUACGUCAGUUCGUCUAGUUGUAUUUGGAAUUUAAUCAGAGACAUUUACAGACAGACAGGGAUGUAAUAUGUUCUAUCGUAACACCGCGCAAAUACUCUGCGCAGCUAAUGUUAAGAAGGCUCUCGAAUAUAUCGUCGUUGUCAAAUCAAAAUCUGUUAUGUACACUUUUUGAGAUUUUUACUUUUUGACUUUUUCGUAUAGUUCACAGCCCUAUCUACCGUAUAAGAAAGACUGUUAUGUGUCUAUAGCUUUAAUAUUUAUCUAUAGCUUUCAUUUUAUAUACUUCCUAAAAAUUCACCUUCAUAUAAAAUUUUAUACAAAAAUGUUUUUACUCGUUAAUUCAAAAUGAAUGAUAGUUUAAAAAAAUCUAAAAAACACGCUUUAUAUAAAAUUCAACUGCUUGGGAUGGGUGAAGUGGGGUGCUUUUUAAGAUAUUAUUGAAAUAAGAAUUCUUCUACUCUGUCAGAAAAAUAUUUAUAACUAAUAAUAGCAUGCACCCCACGCUUUUUUUUACAAUAAAAUAUAUUUUACACUAUUUUCAAGUUAAAUUUAUUUUCUAUUUUUUAAUUGAAUUUUGUAUAAAAGCGUAUUUUUAAAACUAUUAAGUACUUUAACGUAAAUUCCUUACUUAUCGACUAUUGACAAAAAAUUAUGUAAAAAAAAUUAGGCAAAAAUCUUAUUUUGCAAAUUGAAUAAUUGAAUAAUCUUAUCAAAUUAGUGUAUUGUCAUCAGUCUUCAAUAAAUCUACAAAAUUUGAAUGAAAUCUGGCCGUUUGAAGUGGGUCAAAAUCGCGUCUAAAGGAGUCAGUUACAAACAUACAUACAAGUGAAGCUAAUAUAAAGCGUGUAAUAGAGUUUUUGCACAUAGCAGAUUUUAGUUUGACAGCGACGAUAUUUCAAAUAUCACUCGGUUUCUACGUUUACUGAGACAACGCAUGUUAUACAACGUGAUUUUCACCGUCCUUAAUGACAUAUGAGGUAUCUCUAAAUAUCAUAACGACCAACCAUUCCUUGGGGACUUUUUGGCGGGAACGCGAUGAGUGAAGUUGUUUUAUUUUGUCUAUUUAGUGCUUCUUCAGGUUUAAAUGUGUAAUAACGGUGGUUUAUUAAUUGUUUAGUAUCUGUGAAAGUGCCCUAAUGUGGGAAAAUGAAACAAAGCCGUAAGGCGUAACUUUUCGGGAUCCUCCAAAAAGUCUCAGUAAAUGACAACCAUUUUACUAAGAUUAUAUAUCAUCUCAUGUCAUUGUGUUUCAUGCCAUGUUUUAUAUAAGUCAACUUCAUUUCAUUUCAUGAUAUCAUUUUUCAUAUAAAAAAGUUUCCUUAAAGGUAAAAUAAGACUUGACCUAAAGGUCUUAGUUACCAGGUCCUAAAAUCCCUUAAAAAAACCAUUUCUUGGACUACCCUGUUUUGAGAUGAAAAUAUAUACAGGGUGGUGGUGUUUACGCAGAUGGGGACACAAUAUCCCGCCGGAUAUUAAACGCAGGAGUUUGCAAGCCAAGGGUUUUUGUGUAGGGUGACAAUAUUAUGGAUUGAUGAACAGAAAUUUGCACUAGGUCGUUGACCUUUGGGUUUACACAGGCUGUGUUCGAAUCGAUCUCAAACGAGUCUGAUGUUUUAUUUUUUGAGGAAUUUCUAACACAAAAUCACAUUCGAUACUAUAAUUAAAAUGUUCUACAGCUGCCUACAAUGUACACUUGAGAUAUAACGCCUGUUUUCGAUUGCUUUGGGAGAAAAUAUAACGAAAUGACAAAUUAAUGAAUUCACGAGAACUAUAAUGAGCAAGAGCACGGCGUUAAACUAUGUAUUUUAGUUUUUCGUUUCUAUUUCGCGAUCUCAUCGCUUCUUGCGUAGUCAAUUACAAUGUUUUUAUUUUUUAUAUUUAGCUUAUAUGGGUGCUCGAGUUCACAGCCCACCUGGUGCUAAGUGGUUACUGGGGCCCAUAGAUAUCUACAUCGUAAAUGCUCCACCCACCUUGAGAUAUAAGUUCUAAGGUCUCAGUAUAGUUAUUCCGUACUCAGUAUACUUGUAACUAACUAUACAGGGUGUGGUUCUUAAAGGUUUUUUCUUUUCAAUGCUAAUUCUGACGUGAGUCUCGUAUUGUGACGUCGAAGAUGUAUGAACAGUUUACAGGUGCCACGUGUAGACUGUAAGAAUUGUUGUUGUACCGUGUGAAGCUUGGUGUAUGCUUUAAAUCCGUCGCGUAAUACGGGAUUAGUCACUGGGAAUACAAUAGUUGUUAAGUAAGCACGAACGGAACUUUUGUGACUUCACAAUCGAUCGUGUUAUUGCUUCGAUGGACAGUAAUAAAAAGAUAAUAGACUGUGUGCUAUCCCCUAGAAACAUCUCAGUAAAUAAUAUAUUUGAAAAAUUAAUAGCUCUAAGACAUAUUUCUCGCGGAGUGUUGCCAGUGACAAUCCUAUAUUUUAACGAAUACACGCAUUUAAUUAUUAUUAGACAAUUAUUAUUAGACAAGCUAAUAUCACUGCGCGUCCGUUUUGUAAAUAUAAUUUUUUUUUUUUUAAAUAUAUUUACAGUCUCAAAAAAAUAUUUCUCACCGAAGAUAAUUCACGCACUUUGUUCUGUAAGAGUUUGGAAGAAACGUUUUAAAUGUAAAUCCGUUAAUGCAGGAUUUUCUCUAAUUUUCUGCCAGCACUGUUUUUAUAAUUCAUGACAUUUUUCUAGUAUUUUUAUUAACGCAAUUGAACGUUUAUUGAAGUGUGUGUAUAGCACUAAAAUUUGGUGUUCGAUACGUUUCCAAGUCAGUUUAAUAGCAGAGAGAAUACACACGUAAGCAAAUCGAUUUUUAAUCUGUAUUCAGAAUAGCAUUUUAUAUAAGGCACCGUAAAGUUUAUUUUUGCAAAAACAAGGCAACCGGACGUUACAUGCAAAAAAAACAUAAGGGUUCACAAACAAAUUAAAACUAUAAUUAAUUGUGUAGUAGUAAUUUUUAAAGAUGUAAUGAAAUUUAAUGUUCAUAAGGCUUUUUCGCGCCAAACUAAACGUCAAUCGCAUUGCAUAUGUUGUGUGUGAAUUAUUGUAUCAUCUGUGGUUAGCUUGACGUACGUUUUGCCCCACGAUGACGUCAUUUGUAAUGAAAUUGCGCUCAAUCUACUCGUAGUAUGUAUGUAAAAGUUUACGCGGCAAUAUAAAAAAAUGUAAUAUCCGGUUGCUUACAAUGGAGACGCUAUAUCUUUAGUUACAUUUAUUUAUAAAUUAAAAUGCCGAUUGAAAUGAAUAUUUUUAAAGAAUAAGAUAAUUUUUAUGGAAGAAAACUUUUUUUUUUUUAAAGUUUGGUAAAGUUUAUCUUCCGUUCAAAAACUUGAUCUGUCAAAAUAAAAAUUCAUUACGGCACUUAAAAGACAAAGGUAAAAGACUACACUUACUUAUAAAUACAAUUUUAGACUAUAAGUCGUUGGCUUAGCGUGUUGUUUUUAGUUUAGUUCUAAGCAUCUGUUGUAAAUAUAUUAUGUGUUUUUUUGUGUAGUUGGUCGAUUUAUGCCUGAUUUUAUUCAGUAUUUCUUUUUUAGUAUUGUCAACUAGCUCUCUUGAUACCAAAAUUUUAUUUGCCAAAAAUUUGUUCGUUGUAUAUUAAUUGGCAGCAAUAUCUUUGUUAUAUUACCUCUCAGCUUAUGAAUUCAUCUACGAAAUAACAAAAGAAAUGAUAAGUUUAAAGAUUUUAAUAAGAAAACUAAAAGUCUAUUAAGUUAACUUUCAUGAGUAUGUAGUUCUAAAAAAAUAUUCCAUGCUGUUGUUUAUUUGAAAGUAACAAAUAAGUAGCAACUGUGACUCAUUUUUUAAAUAAAACGUAAACACCUUUUCAAUUUGGUGGUGGGAAUAUUUGUUGCAUAACAAACAAGGUUGAGUAUAUGAAUGACGUCCCUAGUGUUAAGGUGCGGGCGUGCGAGAGAGAUAGCUAGCUUUCCCACUGCUGCCCCUCAUCCCUAUAAUUUAAAAUACUAAUUUGUAUAUCAUUAGUCUCGAGUCUUAGGGUUAUGUUACGAACAAUAAAAUCGCUUCAACUGCCGCGAUAGUUAUAAAUUAAUUUGAAAACAUUCUGUAUAAACUAGUAUUAAGUGCGCGAAACAAGAUGCCUUGUGUAUAGAGCUUUAUUUUUACGUCACAAUUCUUUAAGAUGUGUUCAUCAAGUAAUUAUUAAGCUUCAGUGUAUUAAUAUGCGGAAAAUAUGAUUGGCUUUUCUAAAUUUCCUAAUAGCGUUUCAAAAUUGUUUGAUAACAUCCGCUCAGGUAUUUUCUUAGUUUAAUUCAAUAUAAAUUUCCUAUUCUUAUUAAGCAAGCAAUAUAAGCAACCUAUCCACUGGUGCUCGCGAUUCCCGCUAAAUAACUCUGAGUAUGUUUCACGGAUUUCUAUGGCAUUUAUUUCCAGUAGUCUUAAAAUCCGUAUCAACGAUCACACAGUCAUUUUACAUAACCACCUUAUAAUAAUUAGUUAAAUGAGUUAAACUGAAAUACCGAAGCAAUUAAAAAGUUCCACAUUUUUACUGUAAUUUCUACUAAAUACUAGUCAUUUUAAUGUUUCGGUUUUUAAGAUAAAUUCAACUAGGUUCAACCGUAUUUAAGUUAAGUAUUUGAUGUGGGUGCAUAAUUUUGCUUUCCGAAUAUAAAAUGCUCUUUUUAGUUUUAAGAAUGUCAUUAUUAUUUUUUAUAUCUAUGUACUUUAGUAUUCGAUAAUAUGGACAUCGUCAUUGUUAGAGCCCAUUAAAAUUUGUCGAGAAUAUCGUUUGAAAAAUCAUCGAAAACUGAAUAUUUUGUUGUGGAUUAGACCUCGUUGUGUUAUAAUUUAAAUGUAAUACUCUUGUAGGUUUUGGGAUGUAGUAUCUGGAAAUGCGUUCUGUUUUGUCGUGUGCAUUAAUUAAUAAAGGGAUAUCUGACUGUUUCAUGAAAGUAUCUACUAACAUUUUUUUAUCAAUCGAAUUCAAAUAGAACCACUGAUAAAACGCUUCCAUUUAUGUCAAGUGACGUCUGCUUUGUAACAGUUUUAGUAAAUACGAUUUAUAAACAAGUUUUUAACUAUGUAUUUAACUAUUUUUAUUGUGAAGUUUUUUUUUUUCUUUUUUUUUAUUGCUUAGAUGGGUGGACGAGCUCACAGGCCACCUGGUGUUAAGUCGUUACUGGAGCCCAUAGACAUCUACAACGUAAAUGCGCCACCCACCUCGAGAUAUAAGUUCUAAGGUCUCAGUAUAGUUACAACGGCUACCCCACCCUUUGAACUGAAACGCAUUACUGCUUCACGGCGGAAAUAGGUGAGAAGUUUCAACAAAUUUGGCGGUUUUAAGUCACGUGGCAAACCUGAUAAUUUUAAUUCGAUUUACAAAAUUCAAAUUACAAAAUUACGCAUUGGCGAUGUUCAUAGUUUAGGCUUUUUAUUUUGUAGAGAAAAAAAAUAUAUAUUUUACAAAGUAACUAGUGAAAAUUAUACUGUCCACGUUUCUCUGUUGUAUAGAUAUUAGAAAAAAUAAUUACCGAUUUACAAUCUCAACUUUACACUGAUAGAUUAACAAUAAAUAUAUUUAGACAUAUUUGCAACACAGAAACCUAAAUAUAGCAACACUGUAAAUAAAUAAAAUGUCGGUAUUCCUUGACCAUAGAUUGGUGAUAAGCUUAAAGUAUAAGCUAUGUAAAAUUUACGUAUCGUAUGGUUUUGAAAAGGUUUGUCGACUAUUCUAUUUAUUCUCGACUUUUUUUAUUGAAAAGUAAUAUAAGUGUAUUUUGACCCUUGGCACUCGAGAGAUGAGUUUCGCUUCACCAGUUUGAUUGGUUUGAAAAUUCGAUGCGCUCUGUAAACUAUAUUGAAGGGAGAAAAGGUAUUUUGUUUAAGGGACAUCUUUGCAAUUUUACAGGAGAGCCAUUUAAAGUUUUAAAAUUUGAAAAAAAUAUCAUAAAAUAAAACACUUCAGCUAUUUCCGUGUAGUAAGUAAACUUAAUUGAAAUUAAAUUAAAAAUAUUGAACUGUUGAUGCUGAUCACUACAUAGUAUAAAACAAAGUCACUUUCUCUGUUCCUAUAUCCUUAUGUAUGGUUAAAUCUUUAAAACUACGCAACGGAUUUUUAUGCGGUUUUUUUUAAUAUAUAGAGUGAUUGAAGAGGAAGGUUUAUAUGUAUAAUAACAUCCAUUAAAUAGUGGAGAAAUCAAUAAUAAAUUACAGUUUCCGAAGCGAAGCGAGGGCGGGUCGCUAGUUACAAAUAAAUCUUUAAUUACAAAGAUAAGAUAAAUGUUAUGUAUUUUAAGCGAAAUCGCUUUUGACCCCUCGAUAUAAGUUACUUUAUUUGAGGAUUGACGUCUUGUCUUUGUGUUUUUUAUGUUCUUAUCAUUUUUUUUGGCGUUUGUAAUUAAAUCAUGCGGUGAGCGAUACUUACCUCUCGCGUGCAAAGGGUUAAAAGCGUGUUGUCACUCCAGUGUAUUGCGACACAAGUCACCAAAGACGCCGUCCUGUUUCAAUACUUCAAUACUUUCCCACCUCAUUUGUUGUGCGUUGUAUUAAAAGCCUGUAUUUAUUAUUGUUUUAUUAAAAAAAAAUGUUUUUGCAAAUAA